AUGGACUAUGACUUUGAAGUAGAACACCGAGCAGGGGAUAAGAUGGACCAUGUGGAUGCCCUUUCAAGGAACCCAAACGCUGAAGAAAAAUCAAUUUUAGAAGAAACAGAAAUAUUUCAUGUAUUGUUAAAUACUAUGGACAAUGAUGACUGGUUAACACUUGCUCAAAGACAUGACAACAAAUUGAAUGAAAUCAUAAGAAUUGUAGGGAUUGGAGGAGAGCAGGUAUUGAACAAAGCUGAAAGAAAAAUUCAAGAAGAAUAUAGUGUUGUUGACGGGAGACUAUACCGUAGGAACAAUGAUAAACUUUUAUGGGUAGUACCAAAACGAGCAAGAAGUCAAAUAACGAGGCUGUGUCAUAAUAAUGUAGGACAUCCAGCUGUAGAGAACACAUUGGAAAGAUUGCGACGCCACUAUUGGUUUCCCUAUAUGAAACGAUAUGUAAAAGGGUUUGUUGGAUCAUGCUUAGACUGUUUAUACAAUAAAGUACCAGGUGGACAACGUCAAGGUAAACUUCAUGCAAUUGAUAAGAUAGGUGUGCCAUUCCAUACAGUACAUGUGGAUCACUUGGGACCUUUUAUAAAAGGUAAACUUAACAAUGUAUAUCUGUUUGUAUUAGUCGAUGGGUUUACAAAGUUUUCAAUUUUAAGACCAACUAAAAAUGUUAAGAGCAGCACUACCACCAAGUUGAUGGAGGACAUCAUAGCUAUAUUUGGGCCCAUGGUAAGGAUAGUCAGUGAUCGCGGUACAGCUUUCACCGGAAAAGAAUUUGAACAAAUGUGCAAAGCCAGGAACAUUAUUCAUGUGAGGAACGCAACUGCUACACCUAGAGCCAAUGGACAGUGUGAGAGACUUAACAGGACAAUUUUAUCAAUGUUGACUACCACCUGCAAGGAAGAAGAUGAUUGGGACAAAGUUAUAGGAAGAAUUCAAUGGAGCAUUAAUAAUGCAUUUAAUAAAGCAACAAAAUCGACUCCGUUCACACUAAUGUUUGGAUUUAUUCCAAGGACCUAUGAUGGUGAUGCAGUUCAAGAUGAAGUACUGUCAACUCAAAACAACGCAUGUGACAUUUUACAAUUAAGAGCUCGAGCGCUAGAGUCAAUAGUUGCAGAGCAAAAGAAAAUGCAGGACUACCACAAUCAAGGGCGAAUUAAGGUUCCUACAUUUACCACAGGUGACUUAGUGAUGAUACAGCGUCAGACAACAGGACAACCAGGAGAGUCAAAGAAAAUGUUGGUGAAAUACAAGGGUCCCUAUGUAAUCACAGAAGUCCUACCUAAUGACCGUUUCAGGGUACAAGAUUUACCAGAGAUUCAAAGAACCCAAAGAUUCUACGAAGGAGUGGUAGCCUUAGAUCAGAUGAAGAUGUACAUGAACUCUGGAUCUGACUCAUGCGAAGAAGAGGAAGAUAGUAACCAGGAAGAUGAAGAAAUGGAGAAGGAAGAGGACAAGACUGAUCAACGACCCAUUCGAGUCAGGCGAAAGCCAAACAAAUUUGAAGACUUUGUAUAA